GAUAUCGUGGAAAAUGGUGCUUCUGAUGAUACGACAGACAAGUCUCUGAUUCCCUCUAUUCCAUCACGCAGACCCGUUAGAUCAACUCUGGAAGAAGCUAGUGAUACGAAAGAUAUCGUGGAAAAUGGUGCUUCUGAUGAUACGACAGACAAGUCUCUGAUUCCCUCUAUUCCAUCACGCAGACCCAUUAGAUCAACUCUGGAAGAAGCUAGUGAUACGAAAGAUACCGUGGACGAUGGUGCUUUUGAUGAUACUACAGAUAAGUCUCUGACCCCCUCCAUUCCCUCUCGCACUGGAUCCACACUCGAAAGAGGCGAGAAUGAAGAAAAUGUGCCCAUUAAACCAUCAUCCACAAGUAGGUCAACAUCAUCUACCUCAAUUCCUAUUUCAAAGGUGUUAGAAGAAAAUCCUCUUACUGACGAAUUACCUACAUCCUCUUCUGUUGAAAUCGAGUCUAAACUCAAUUCUGAAGUUGAAAAAACCUCCGAGAAUGAAACCGAGGCAGAUGGCGAUAAAACCCCAGGAAAUACUGAUACAAAGACUACUUUUAAGUCAUUUGAAGAAGACAGACCAGUCAGCGAUUCUUCAAGUUUCAAUGACGAUGUUGAAACAGUCCUCCAAGAAAAAGAUGAUUUAGAAAAUCCUGAUGAUACUACACCUCAAGUAUUUCAGAAGGAGGAGGAAUCUGUAGAAGAGCCUGAGGAUGCUCUAGAAGUAGAAGGCAAUAAAGUCGAAGAUGAAGCAGAAUCGAAGUCAAAUUUAGUGCUUCAAAAUCCUACUAUACCAAAAAGACCUCUGAAACCUGAACCGAAGGAAAGAGACCCUUCAAUCCCCCUUGAGAACAUCUCAAUUGCUCAUAAGGCUCCACCUCCAAAGCCCAAGAAGUUGUCUUCAAAAAUGGCAGCAUUUCAAGAAAUGUUUAAUCAAAAACCCCCUGCAUUGGCAAGGGGCACUUCUGGUUCUGUAGAUACUUUGGCAACUGAUUCAAAAGAUACUCCAUCUGUUCCUAAGAGGCCAUCGAAGCUUUCCUCAGAUAAGGUUAAAUUUGGAAAUAAUCUCAACUUGACCGGAAUGAUGGGCGGCCGAGGUAUUGCCUUACCAGGGAUGGUAGAUCUUUCGCUGUUGAAGAAAGGAACACAAGAAGAAGAUGCUGAAGAAGAUGCUGAAGCAGAAAAUAUUGAAAAGACCAUUGCACCUGCAUCUGAUGUAAGAAAGGGUAGGGCAAAGGGACCUAGAGGAAAAAGAUUACCCAAAUCUAUUACUGACACUACCGUGGAAUCUAGUUCGAGAUUCUCUAUCGUUAUUGAAAAUUUAUGGGAAAUUAGCCAUGUUAAAAAUUUAGUAGUGGAAACUAAUUUAAAAAAUUCAGUACAUCUUAAGACUGAAGAUGAUAACAUAGAUGAAGAAAUAACAGAAGAUUUUGAAGAAAGGUCAGGCUCUGUUGAAGGUCUCAACGGAAGCCCGGAAACAGCAGAGGAUGUCGUAUUAAAGUCCAAACCCACUGAACUUAUCGAUGUAGAUAAACAGGAGCUUGAUGCAAGUCAUGAUAGGGAUGUAACCAAUGAUCCAACUUUGACAAAAGCUAUUAACAGAGAAGAAAUUGAUAAUACUGCAUCUUUAUCUAAAGAAGACAAGCGGGACUCGUUUGAUUCUGGUAAGAUUCCAGCAUCUAAAGACGCAUCGAAUACCGAUAUAUCUGAACACAACGUUGAAACAUCGCAUGCAAGAGCUAUUACAGAAGAGACAAAUCAAAUCUCUGAUGUUACAGUGCUGCAGAAACAAGAGCUCCCAUCUGGCUCAGAAACUGUCCCUAUUCCAGAAGCAUCUAAGGCAGCUAUAUUUGAUCUUGACUCCCUUAUCUCUCAGGCGAAAGAAGAUGUAGAAUCCUUUAAGGAGGAUAAUGGGGCAAAUGGCGUACAAAAAGAGGAGAAUUUUGCAUAG